UCCCCUUUAGCACGGCACGGUUCAAGUCGCUGCCAGCUGCCAGCCGGGGCCCUCCUCCAGGGCUGCCUGAGCCGGCUUUUGAUUGGAUUAGAGUGGGCUAGCCUUUGCCCUCUAACCCCGUUGAUGUGGGCUUGCUGCUUCCUGCUCCCUCCGAUCUCACAGACCGACUGACGAAGCCUGCCGAAGCCGCACGGCGAAGCGCCCUGCACGGACACAACCGACCUGGACGAGCCGCUACAGCCCGAAGCAGCCAUGCGGAGGAAAUCGAGGAUACUGUUAUGUUUUGCGGUGCUGUGGGUGCUGGGGAUAGCCUACUACUUCUACUCGGGGACAGCGUUGAGUCGAAAGGAUGAUGUGGACUCCAGUGACUCGUCCAGCAGGAGCAAAGCUCACAUGUCUGAGUACAAGACUCACAGCCUGGAGACUCUGCCGCCAGGUAAGGUGCGCUGGCAGGAUUUUGACCAGGAUCUGUACGUUGGAGCCACGGUGGUCCGACCGGGUCAAGAUCCGUAUGCCAGGAACAAGUUCAACCAGGUGGAGAGUGACAAGCUCCGUAUGGACAGAGCCGUGCCUGAUACGAGACAUGACCAUUGCAGACAUAAACAAUGGAAGUCAGACCUGCCGGCCUCCAGCGUCGUCAUCACUUUCCACAAUGAAGCUCGCUCUGCUCUGCUGCGGACUGUGGUCAGUGUCCUGAAGAAAAGUCCAUCUCACUUGGUCAAAGAGAUCAUUCUGGUUGAUGAUUACAGUGAUAAUGCGGAGGACGGAGCGCUGCUGGGGAAAAUUGAAAAAGUGCGCGUGCUGAGAAAUGAUCGCAGAGAAGGACUGAUGCGUUCGAGGGUCCGUGGUGCAGACGCCGCUACGGCACCGGUCCUUACAUUCUUGGACUCUCACUGUGAGUGUAAUGACCACUGGCUAGAGCCGCUACUGGAGAGAGUGGCUGAGGACAAGAGCAGAGUAGUUUCUCCUAUCAUUGAUGUCAUCAACAUGGACAACUUUCAGUACGUAGGAGCCUCAGCUGAUCUGAAAGGAGGUUUUGACUGGAAUUUGGUGUUUAAAUGGGACUACAUGACUCUAGAGCAGAGACGAGGCAGACAAGGCAACCCCAUUGCUCCCAUAAAAACUCCAAUGAUAGCAGGAGGUCUAUUUGUCAUGGACAAGGAAUACUUUGAGCUUCUGGGAAAGUAUGACAUGAUGAUGGAUGUAUGGGGAGGUGAAAACCUUGAGAUCUCGUUUCGAGUGUGGCAAUGUGGUGGCAGUCUGGAGAUCAUCCCCUGUAGCAGAGUUGGCCAUGUUUUUAGAAAGCAACAUCCAUACACCUUCCCUGGGGGCAGUGGGACUGUGUUUGCAAGGAACACGAGGAGAGCAGCAGAGGUGUGGAUGGAUGAGUACAAAAACUUCUACUAUGCUGCUGUCCCCUCAGCGAGAAAUGUCCCCUAUGGAAAUAUCCAGAGUCGUUUGGAGAUGAAGAAGAGAUUAGGUUGCAAGCCAUUCAAAUGGUACCUGGAGAAUGUCUACCCUGAACUGCGAGUCCCAGACCACCAGGACAUAGCGUUUGGAGCCUUGCAGCAGGGAGGAAACUGUCUGGACACCCUGGGUCAUUUUGCUGACGGGGUGGUGGGGGUCUAUGAAUGCCACAAUGCUGGGGGAAACCAGGAGUGGGCCCUGACUAAGGAUAAGUCAGUCAAACACAUGGACUUGUGUCUGACUGUGGUGGACAGAACGGCCGGCUCCCUCAUCAAACUUCAAGGGUGUCGAGAGAACGACAGCAGACAGAAAUGGGAGCAGAUUGAAUCCAACUCCAAGCUUCGUCACGUUGGCAGUAACCUCUGUCUGGACAGCCACAGUGCCAGGAUGGGCGGACUCACUGUGGAGGUCUGCAGCCUGACCCUCAACCAACAGUGGAAGUUCACCCUCAAUUUGCAAUCAUAGUGGGCGCUACAGGCCCUGGGAAGAGCUGGAUAUCGGAUAGGGACACCAACAGACUCUGAGACAUAUCCAACGAGAUGGAAAUAGACUCGAGGAGAAAGACAAACUUGAUGGAUAAAUGGAUCCCUCUUGCUCCUCCUGAGCGGUGCAGCCAGUCACGUCUAUACACCUCUCCCCCACACUUACCCCUCCCAAAAUAAGAAAGAGCAACACCUACUGGGAGAGGGGCUUGCAGACCACAAUGGAGUAAACCCGUAAACUUGACUGUAUCUGGUGGAUGGAUGGUGACAGUGAUGAUCAUGAGGCUAAAAGCUUUCUAUCCAAUCGACAUACCUCAGUGUUUUUUCAUUGAUGGUUCCAGAGGCAUUUACUUUCUUUAAUGCUGGUGAGGUAGAACUUGUUUUACUUUGUAAUUAUUUUAUUUACUUAUUAAUAUUUUUAAUUUCUUGCUGUCAACUCUGUCUCUCCAUGGAGGUUUUGCAGGAGCUUUUUUUCGUUGUUGAAAGAAUGGGACUUUGGUGUUGUUGCUCCUCUACGGUGCUCUCUCUCUUUGUUUCACCACACUAUACCGAGCCUGUCACGGCAGACGCAGGCUAUAGGUUGUGGUUUCAGUGAGGUUUGGGUUUAGAGUGAUUUGAAGGGAGGAAAUGAACUCAAUUUCUUGAGCUUUUCCUAACGCUUCCUCUCAUUUGUUCACAGGAUCAACAGAGAAAAGGGAGGCAAAGGAUUUUGAUUUCUACACAGUUUUCCCUUCAGAUUGUGUUUUGGGGAGGGGGAGGGUGUUCAGGGAGAAGCUUCUCUGCUUUGGAUGGGGCCUGACAACGGUUUGGUUUGGCCGGAGGUGCAAUUCCUGAAACCAGGAAGUGUCUUCAAGCCACCCCUCAGGAUUUACUGUUUGUCAUCAGGCUGUAGCACUGGCUGCCACAGCAUCUUCACUUCUACACCAUUAUGUCUCUAAAGAAAUCUCUUAACAGUCUUUUAUUUUGUUUACUUUUGUCAAAAAAAAUGGAACCAAAUUUUGAAUGGAUGUUUUUGUGUUUUUGAGCGUUUUGAAAAAGGGUUUUCUUCACAUACUCUCGCUGCUCUCUAACUGCUCCCUGUGGACCGGCUCAGUUUAUACAUCUUUUCCUGCACAGAUGAUUUUCUUUGCCAAUGUCUAAUAUUGCCAUUGUAGGAAGGUUACUGUCUAAUAAUUACAUCCAAACUGGAUUUAAUAUUGCAGCUUUUUCUCUAGAGAUAAGUUGUUGCCUGCAAAAGCAUACCAGUGACAUUUACAGUAUAGUACCACCACCCCGCGAUACCCACACAUGACAUGACUGAGAUGUUUGUUUCUGUACUUUCAACACACACACCUGCCUGCUCUUGCACAGCAAUAGAAGGAAACAGCAGCGCUCAUAUGUGGCUAACAUUCCAGACCUGACAUCAGAGGUAAAAGUAAAACCUUGCUUAUUCCAGUCUGGGAACAGAUGUCAUGCAAGAGAAACUAGUUUUCAACUGUAUGAAAUGUGCAUGUGCACAUGUGUUUUGAAAAGCUCCGUCUAGCUGCAUGUAUCACCAACCAGCUCUCACAGGGUUGCCCAGCUUUUUUCUUCAUUGUUCCUGUUCGAUCGGCCAUCUGUUCAAUAGGUUGAAACUGCAACAAACAAGGUUUUACUGUUUGUCCUCACUUGGUUUCUGCAAGACGUGAGCAUAUUUUACUGAUUGCACAAGUCUUUGAUGAUAAAGAUUACUGAUGAAAACAAUGCUUGUUUAUUUUGGCGAGCUACUUUAUUCUGUGGAGCAAGGUGUUGGUGUCACCAAACAGGAUUGUGCCACUUAUUAGUCACUGAUACUAUUUAUAGUACAUGUAUCUGUUUGCUACUUCAUUACCUGAUGCCUGCUGUGCAUCUUUGCAACAUUAGUCGCUCCUGGGCUUCAACAUGGGUUCAUCUUAACUGCUGUGAUCCUUUCUACUGUUAGUCACUGAUGAGUAAUGAUGGCACAGUUUGGGGAAAUUGAAUUUGGAGCGACUCAUUACUUGGCAGCUUCAAGGCAACUACAUUAACACAAAACAUCUUUCAACAGAUGAAGAACAGAAAUGGCCUUUAAAAAUCACAUAUUUCCUAAUUUCUUCUAGAAAGAAGUUGCAGCCUCUAGUGUUCUUUAAUGUCAAAUCUUCUCUCAUGGUCUGAAUAUGUCUCCUCCUCUCUCAUUUCACAUCUUUACUUUCAAAUGUUGAUUUCUUUGUUCUACUGUGUUACCGAAGCGGACAAAGACAGCUGGACAGUGUGCUGCGUUGUCUAAUACUUUUCCAUCCCUUGUUCCAUGUCUGUUUGUUUUAUGCCAUUUUUCCUUGUACCUGAUGUUUGCCUUGUCUUAUACACUCAUACGACUGUAAGCAGAGUGAGGGGAGUUGAAAAGGUCAGCUGACACUGCAGCUGGUUGGAAAGCUUAUCCUGUGACUUGAUAGGUCGCUGCAUUGUGCUGUGAGGCUCUGCAGACCCCAGGGUGAGCCUAGUUCUCAUGGUGACCAGACUCGAAAGGCCCAAUUCUGAUUUUAAGGUUUUAGGUAGAUUGAAUUUAAGUUGUACAUUGUUCAUCCAAACCAUAGACUGUAAAGAUCCAACCGAAAGUACUGCAGUCACACACGUGUUGUUGUAGAUCAAACAGCCUAAACUUCAUAAUUCAUAGGGAAGGUCUGAGAUAAGUUGGGUGCAGGUUCAAUCAUUUUUUAUUAUUUAUUCCUUUACAUCUCUUUCAUAUCAAACUUCCUUAAGUAGAUCAUUUGUCAUCAAAUUUAGAUCCUUAUAUGUUCCUUAUUGUUUAGUUAGAUGAAAACAUAAAAGCUGGUGGUUUUCAUUUUCAAAGUAUCUGGCCCUUGACUUUUUCAGUGAGAACGUGAUGUUUUUUGUGGUGUAUGGCGCCCUCUAUUGUCACACUUCUUGUGGGUAACAAGUACAGAACCAGAACAAGAAAGAAAAAGGGACUCAAGGUAGUAAACUUCUAAUGCACAAUGCACCAGUGGAGAGUUUUAGACAUUUUUCUUAAUCACAUUUUCUUUGUCUUUGUCUCUUAUUACAUUUUUGAUUCAGCCCUACUUAAAAGGCCAGGCAGUACAGACUAAAUGGGCACGGGAACCUAAAGGCACACACCUGAGUGACCGUGGCAACGCUGUCUGCAACAACGGUUCAGAUAUGCUGUUUAGAGAUUUCUUUUUAAACCAGUCUUACUCUUGUGAAGAUGGAAAACUUGCUAUUUAAUUUUUUUAUGUUUUACCCGGAGGAAAUGACUGUAAUAAUUAAGAAGUCCAGCGCCUCAUUUUGAUUGGAUGAUUAAAUGUUUACAUCUUUAGCACAAUGUGCCAACGUUUUCCACCCCGUUUUCACUGUAUGAAGAAGAAUGAGAAGGGGGGGGGGGGAGUCUUUGGAAAUCCAGAAUGUGUUGCAGAUAACUCGUUACACAUUUGCUGAUUGUAUAUGUUGUGUGUAUCAUUUUUCUUCCCAGUCUUGGUUAGACCUGCAGGACACGCCCGGGCUAGGACAUCGCUUAGCUGCUGAUCUGGUGUCAGUCUUAUAAUAGAUACAGGAAACAAAAUUGGCACUUUGCUUAUAUGAUGUCUUUAAUUGUGUCUGCAAAACAUGUGUUGAGGCAGAACCAACUGUGUCUGUAUGUUUUAGCUUAAAACACCAAUCAAAGAAAGGGAGAAUAUUGUCAAUUUAGCAGACAGGCAUCUUUAUUAGCAAUAAAAAGGGGCGUAUAACUGAACAGCAGUCAGUGAACAAGAGCGUCUACCCCACUGAGCCAGUAGGACUUUAUUUAUACUCACCGUGUUUUGAAGGGAAACAGUCAACAGCUUUAUUGGAUGGAGUUUAACGUGAGGUGUAAAGGUCAAGCUUUGUGUUCUCUCAGCUUUCCCCACAAACUGAGCAGAGUUAUGUCAUGAUUUGUCCAAACAGGAGGGAUGCCUUCCACCUUCAGACCACCUCAAAUCCCUCGCCUCAAAUCCCCAUUUAGGAUUAACAGAAGAAGAGCCUCCUCUGAUAUGUGAAAAUCCCUGCUGAGACAUGCAGCUCAGGACUGCUUAAGCUCCUGAGUGACAGUAACAGUGAGUGUGAACAUGCACAUAAGACAAAAUACUGUAAAAGUCAAUCAACCAGUAAUGACAGAUAAAAGGUGAAACUAAUCAAUGAAGUGAUGUUGUGAUAAUGUGUUUUCUAAAAGGAUUGGGGCUUCAUUGAAUGUCGGUGGUGGGUGAUAUGGCACGAGGGGUCACAUGUAAAAGUGUAUAUUUUUGUAUAUACCGACAUCAGUGUGUGUACAGUAUGUACAUAUAUACACAGUGUACUCAGCCGCGGUUCCUAGGUUUGUUGUCAGACUGUACAGCGCUUCUAACUGUCCCCUGUUUUAUAGAUACUGCAGAAAUUCAACUUUGAAUGAAUAAGGAGAAAAUUAUUAACUUAAAUAAAUGCAUUUAUAUAUA